AUGGAGUUACUAACUAUUCUUAUUUGCGUUUUUGUGGACUUUUUUGUCAGUUGCAGUGCCAUAUUAAGUGGGGGUUCUAUAUACUCAAACAGUCCCACUCCGCGCUUCGUGUCCAGAGGGAACACCUUCAAAGUUGUAACUGGAGACACCGUAGUCCUCCCCUGUGAAAUUCAAAAUCUCGGUCCGUUCGUGAUAGUAUGGAAACGAGGCACGACUCUGUUGACCGCGGGCCCCCAAAAGAUAACCAUGGAGCCUCGCAUAUCGCUGCUGGGCUUCAAUUUACAAAUCAAGGAUAUACGGCACGCGGACCAGGGGGACUACACGUGCCAAAUAGGGGACGGGUCACAAGGGGACCUGAUUCACACUAUCGAAAUACUAAUGCCUCCUAGCAUCCAAUUGAUGCCGCCUAGCGGACAAGUAGUCACUAGAAAAGGGAGUCCCGUGUCCUUCGAAUGUAAAGCUAAUGGUAAUCCUAGUCCAACCGUCCAGUGGUCAAAAAAAGAGGAUGUUGCGAAUAUCAUGGACAGCACAUCGCACCAUUAUGUGUCAGUCCUUAAUGAAAUCCAAUUACCACAAAGACUAUCUAGCACUGUCUAUAAACGCAUCCUUUCCUUCUUCGGUCACGUCAACAGGAGCGUGCAUAUGGAGAGACUUGUAGUGCAGGGAAGACAUGCAGGAUCCCGUCGCGUCGUCGAGGCAGAUCACCAACCAGGUGGGUUGACAUGGUUGAAAAUCUUAUGA